AUAAAAAUAUAUACUUACAUGUAAAUGAUUUCAUAGUAUUAUGUACAGUUUAAUACAUAAACAUUUAGUUUUAAUUUGGUGAAUAUUGUGGUAUAUUAUCCACUUAAAAGCUUUUUGAGAUCAAUAACUUCUCAUAGCAUGAAAGGAUCCUGAGACAAAAAUUUGAGAGCCUCUGAGCGAGGAAAGAUAUUUACACAAAAAGUAAGCAGACACUUUGCCCAAGUGGUGAGAUGUUUGAUGAUAAUCCUUUCCUCUGUGUAUGCUUUUUUCCUCAGGUACUGAGGUUGAACCAUGGCUUUCGCACUGAGCUACAUCCCCAGCCCUUGUAUUUUGAGACGAGACCUUGCUAAGUCGCUAUGUUGCCCAGGCUAGGCUCGAAUUUGCCAUCUAUCCUCCCGCCUCAGUGAUAAAAUUCAUAAACGAUGGACGAAGGGCGACCCUACGGCCCGCCUCGCGUCUGAGGGCGCCCCCGGCUCCUCAUUGUGACGCCGGCCGCAGUUCGAGUCCCUGCCGGGUGCUGGGGUCUGGGCACGGCGCUGGGAGCCAUGGCCGAGGCGCAGGAGCAGUGGCUGCAGCUGCAGAAGGACAACCGCGACGGCCGCCUGCGGAAGCAGGAGCUGGAGGAGGUGGUGCGCGGCCUGGAGGUCGAGAGCGAGAGCCUCGCCGGGCGCCUGCACAGGCUACGCGAGCGGGAGCGCAGCUUGCAGCGGAGGCGAAGCCAGGCGGCACCGGCCCUACGAGGGGAGGCUCGCGAGGCGGUACGGGAGCGCGCGGAGCGGGCGCAGAGACUGCUGGAGGCUGCGGAGCGGCGCAAGCUGGAGCUGGAGCAAAGCCACAGACAACUGCAAGACCAGUUGGAGGAGCUGUCCAGUCAGCUUUUUUACUACGGAGGGGAACAGCUGAGUCAGCAGCGCGCAGAGCAGCAAGUGGGGACUCACCUGGUGGAGCUGCAGAAGCGGCUGGAGCUGGUGGAGGCCAAGUACGCCACGCAGGCGGAGGGCCUGCGGCAGGACGUGCAGCGGACGGAGGAGGCCUGGGCCAACUUCCAGGAGCAGAGCGUAGUCCUACAGGAGCUGCAGGGGAAGGUGAUGGAGGCGGCGGCUGCCCGAGACGCCUGGCGGGGCGACUCGGAACCGUGGGACUCGCGGGCUCUCCGGAUGCAGGACUGCGCGGGCUCACUCAUGGAGGAGGUGGCCAGGGCGGACUGCGUGAGCGCGGGUCGGGGCGGUCGGGCUGGAGCUGGGACCCGCAUCCUCUGGGAAGACCUGGGCGGCGCCGCGCCCGUGCCCCCGACACGGAAUGGGACGUGGGGCCCUUUUCUCGCAGGAGAAGCGGCUGUUGGGCGGCGCGGGCUCGGGGCGUCUCAGGUGAGCCAGGAGGCGGCUCCUGAGGCUGCGGGCCCCUUCCUCAUCCCCUCCCGGGCCUCUCUUCCUCGCUGCCCGUUUAUCCCUCUGUCCGUGUGCCGCAGGCUAUGGGCGUUGGGCGGGCUGCAGACCCUGGUGCUGGUUCCGCUUGUCUUCCUGGUGCUGUCGCUGCUCUACUUGGUGCUGGUGAAGCCCGACGCCAUCCGCCAGGGACUCAAGCUCCUACGCUCAGACGUCACCUUCCGCCGCCUGCGCUACACGCUGUCCCCGCUGCUUCAGUUGCGGGCGCGUGGGCUGCUGCCUGCCUAGAACGCAUCACGCUGGCCGUGGCCAUCUGCACUUCUGUCUCCCGUGUGGUUCCUGGGGCGCCCGGGGGAGACGGCUGAGGGUCCCCUCCUGACCGGCCAAACCUUCCCGGGAGAAUGGCUGAAGUGGGAGGGGGAAACCUCUCCUCAGGUCCUUCUGCUACAGCCCGUGGAGGACGGGAUGAAGGUUGUGGACCUAAGAACAUUCUGCAGCAGACACACUCUUCUCCACGAUGCUCCCUUCAUGUGUGACCUGGCAACUACCAGGCCAUCAUAUCCCACUGUUGGACUCUGAAG